AUGGAGGAUGCAACCAUGGCCGACCCACAAGCAAUUACGGGGGAGGAACCUAACAUACGACACCAAGAAGAUGACGAGCAGAUGCAGAGCGAAGAUACUUCAAAAGAAAAAGAUGACAAAAAAGCAGAAAGAUUAAAGACGGAUGAUACGGCACAAUACUACCCAAGAGAACAUGACGUCUCCGAGCUAUCCGUCCAGGAACGGAAUGAUCUGUCUGCCAUGCAAUUACGCUUUUGCUUUUCCGAUGCGAAUUUUCGUCCCGUUUGGACGGAUCUUUCCAAGGCUGGUUGGGUCUAUGAUUCGGGCCGACGGCGCUAUCGGCCACCGGAUGUUUCGCGUGAAAGUGCCAACAAAGAUGAAAGUUUGCUAUUAACGGCCAGGGAAGUGGCGGAGCAUUUGGAUUAUGGUGCUCUGCAAGAUGUCACUGCGAUUACCAGUGAUGUGCAGCAAUCAUCAAAACAACAAAAUACGGCAAUGAUUCCUCGAUUGGCACUGGGACAAGAAGAACGGUGGAGACGUCUCAGGGAUGAUGCUUGCUAUCAUUUGUUUCUAUCCAAUCUCCAAAUGCUCAAGGAGAAAAAGGACGAGGAGAAAGACGAGGAAGAAAACACAGAAAAUGGGGACAAACAAACUGCCACUACGAGUAAGUCCAAAAAGAAAAACACCAAGAACAACCCAAAGCUAGCCAGCAAUCAAAGCAAACCACGUUCUAGUGGAAGGCGUACUAGAUCUGUCACGGAAGCAGAUCGCGGUGCCGGACAAUAUUUGAACAAGGCCAAUAUUCAAGCCAAACAAGCACGGAUCAAAGCAAAGCAAGCCAACGCGACAACAACAACAAUCAAUGAUGAAAAUCAGCCUCCAAAAUUUGAACGGCUUUCCCUCCAAGAAUGCAUUAGAAAGAUGGAAGAAUACAACAACAAUGAGAAGGAGGAUGACAUUGUUACACAGGCAGAAGAAUCCUGCAGGGAACAAUUCGCAGAAUGGCAAUUCCUACUGGCCACCAACCACUCCUUGCUCGUCUAUGGGUUUGGUUCCAAACGAGCGCUAUUAACGGAGUUUGCCGAAUCACAUUUACGAAAGGAGGGAUACGUCCUGGCAUUGGAUGGCUUUGAUCCAGAAAUCACCACACAAGGUAUUCUGAGCCUUUUGGUAAACGUCUUUUUGGAUGGGCUCGAACCAUCCGCUGCUCAGAAGAGUCUUCCAGGAAUGCAAAAUGAGGAAUCCAUGGAAGUGACCAAGACCCUCAGAGACCCCGUCACUGGCACUGUCAGGCACGUUACGCGACGAAAGAUUCGAGAUCCACUGGACCGGGCACAUGCCAUUGCUCUCGCCAUUGCGGCCAAGGGCUCUCUUCUUAUUUACUUGCUAGUACACAACUUGGAAGGGCUCAAGACGCGUCUGGCACAACAGGUCUUGUCCACAUUGGUUUGCCCUUCGAUUCGUCUCGUGGCCAGCUUUGAUCAUGUCGAUACUCCCGCGCUCUUGUGGAAUACGCAAACGUCGGCACAAUAUCGAUUCAUUUGGAAACAAGUACACACUUAUCGUCCCUAUAGCCGGGAACUCUU